UCAUGGUAGCACAUGAGGAAAAUGGUGGACAGGUUGACUGCUAAACUGUGGCUUCACUGGCCGGGUAUCUUGUAAAGACAUCUCAAAAGCCUGGCCUGGAUUCAAGAUUGUAGGACUGAACUCUGGCAGCAGUCCUGGGUUGGAGUGCUCAUUGCUAAUUGAUUUCUGUUAAGUCUUCCAGUUCUCAAUCCUAAAGCCUUUCUCUCUCACUAACCACGGGUGCGCUCCUGAUUGUACUACUAAUAAUACUAAUAAUAAUAAUAAUAAUAAUAAUAAUAAUAAUAUUCUGGACUGCAAGCAAAUUUUCUCAGCACCUCUUUGGAAACAUUAACCCAUCUGCUCUGACCUGAUCAUAGAGAGGGGAAGGAACUGGUGGUCAAAGUUUACAAAAACAUUUAAUUUCAAUUAAAAUAUUUUUAUUAUCCCAUGAAUUUAUUAACUGGUUAAUGAAGAAGCACCCGGAAAAGUGGAAAUAUGUAUAAGCAUUGUAUAUUAAUUUGGCUACAGUGUUUUGACUAAACUGUAAAACCUUCUUGUAACAUUUUGACCUCCAAGCCAACCCCCCUCCCCCUGUCCCACGCACCUCUGAAUGAGGGCUUACCUUCUCUUGAAAAACCUCUCUUUUAAUCUUUGUGUCUGUGUGUGUCUCUCCCUCUCGCCCCUGCCUCUGUCUUUCUCUCUAUCUCUCCGUGCCCCUCUCGCACCGUCCAGCCUUCUACACGGCCGCUCCUCUGACCUCGGCAGGGAUCAUUCCCAUCAUGCAGUCGCUGUGUCCCGACGGGCAGCGGGAUGAGUUUGGCUUCCUGCAGUACAGUAACUCCACGGUGACGCAGCUGUUGGAUCGGAUUAACGAGGUGGUCGAGCAGAAUAACCUCUUCGACCCGGACCGGCCUGGUUUAGAGGAGGAGCUGGAGUCACUGCGCCACCACCUGGAGAGUCUGAGUACUGAGCCCAGCUCCCUGGAGAACCACUUAAACAACAGCCAUGCAGGCUUCACUCUGGGUUCGGUUCUGAAGGACCGGGAUGGGUUUCAGCAGUUCCUCUCCCGGAACCUUUCUCUCCCUAAUGACACGGCCACGCUCCUGCUCUCCUCCAACGUUGAUCUCAAAGAGGUGUAUCGGCUGUUCUUCGGCUCAUACCCAACUUCACGUGGCGUGGACAGUGUGUUGGGCAGCAAAGCAUGGGAAGGGUACGGACCGGGAGAGAAGAUGCUGCAGCUGGAGGAGCACCUGCUUGGAGGCUGGAGGAACCUGGAGGAGGGGCUGAUCCACAAGGCUCUGAGCAACCCAGAGAAAAUUGCUCACAGGCAGGCUCUGCUUCGCCUCCUCACCCAGGCUCUAGGCUUGACAGGGGCUGCAGCGUUCGGGCAAGGCUACGAUCCACAGGGCUUGAAAGAGAUGGAGAACAUCCUGCUGACUGCUGGCGUCCUGGAAUUGCUGACGUGCGGGAACGAUGGAAGAGGGAGCGGGGAGAGCGAGCUGCGACGAAUCCUGCUGGUCCCAGACAGCCAACAGGCACUCCUCCAGGCCUAUCGCAGCGCAGUUUGCAGCGGGGGGACGGGGUCACGGGUGCAGAGGUUCUCAGAGCUGGCCAGGGAGCUGAGAGAGCAGAUCGACACCCAGAGAGUCAUCAGCAAGCUGAAGCUGCAGGAGGUGAACAGCACAGCAGUCCAGCGCCACCUGGGGGCCCUGCUGCAGGACCUGUCGGAGGUGGAGAGGAUCCUGCGUGAUGUGGACGUCCUCUCCGCUCUCGCCAAGCUGCUGCCCAAGGGGGCAUGUGCCGGCAAGCAAGCCCCGUCCCCUGCCAACACCACAGCCUGGAGCACCAACACCACAGUCACCGAGACGACGGGUUGGAGCAACUCGAGCGAGGGGGGCAACAAUGACGACGGGGCAGGUAGCACCAAGGAGGAAGAAACCCCCCCAUCCCAGUUCUCCGCCUUCGUUCAGCUGUGGGCUGGCCUGCAGCCCAUUCUCUGUGGCAACAACAGGAUAAUCGAACCUGAAGCACUCAAGCAGGGCAACAUGAGCUCUCUGGGCUUCACCAGCAAGGAACAGCGGAACCUGGGUCUCCUCGUCCAUCUCAUGACCACCAACCCCAAGAUCCUGUACUCCCCGGUGGGCUCCGAGGCUGACAAGGUCAUCCAGAAGGCUAACGAGACGUUUGCAUUCGUGGGCAACGUGACUCACUAUGCCAGGGUGUGGCUCAACAUCUCAGCUGAGAUCAGGACCUUCCUGGAGGAAAGGAAACUGCAGAACAGGAUACUGUGGCUACAACAGGUGGGGGAGAAAACGGGAGAGGGGGGGCCGUGAAGGUUGGGAAGAAUAAGAUGUGUGAAGCGGCAGGAGAGGAGAGGACGUGUUCUAAAGGUUCUUUUGUAAUUGAUCCUUUAUCCUGAUUUCAUGUCAGUAAAGCGGUUUUGGGUUUGCAGGAACAUAUGGUGGAAGGGAGAGAAGUAAGCAAGUUGGC